UGAGAUUGGUUUGCUCUUGAGAUUAUGCACAGGUUAUUUUGAUAAUCUUGCGGGGGGGGGGGGACGACGCUCACCUGAUACUUUGCGGUUUUCCCUUUUUCUUCUCCCGGAGAGGCCAUGUUGCAGUGACCAUAAACCAGUCAGUGUAAAUUAUGGAUCGCCUUUGUGGUGAAGUGGUUGUUACAGUUUAUGAUAAAUGUAGCUGUUCGGCUUUGUGUCAGCUGCUUCUUGUGCUUUCACAGUGAUGGUCUUCGCGUCUGCAUCUGUCUCGCAUUUCAACGCACCACACGCGGUUGCCAGAGUUUCCUGCCGCUGGAGAGGCGAUGUGGUUUCCUCAGAGAGCCCCGGACCGCAGUCAGGCGCGCAGGAGCUGUGAGGAGCUUCUCCGGCACUGGGAUCUGUCUGAUCGGAGCACGGGCACCGCUCCCUGAGGGAGCCGUGACGGAGCCGAGGGUGGACCGCGGCAUCCUCCGCAGCCAAAGUUGGACUGGAAGUGGUCUCCACACGUUCGGCGAAGGAAGCUGAUGCGCGUAAAAGAAGGGAUGCCAGCCAGGCGUGGCUUGUGUUUGAACAUCCAAUGUGAGAAUGCGUGGGGAGUAUGUAUAUAAUAGAGUCUUUCCAUCUGAUGAACAGAGAUAUCAAACUGAUGAUUAAAGCAGAGGACGACCAAUAAGCUCAGAGGACUCCGCUGAUUCGGAGGAGCACGGCGCGCCGGGUAGCCUUCGCCGAGUCGUGCGUGCAUGGACUGGACUCGGCGUAAACUUUUCUCCCUCUUCUGUCGAGUCACCGAAACAUUUUUGUAUCAAUGCCGUCGCUUAAUUUGACAGCCGUGCACACGAUGGCAGAGGUCGGGAGUUUCCUCGGGACAAUCGACUUGGAUUUACAAAGCUUUCCUGCACUCGGGACUAUGCCCGUACCGGAGUCUCCAGUGGGGUUGAGUGAGCGGCUGGGGCAGAUCGAGGGGAGGCUGCAGCGGGGGUCGCCCACGGAUUUCGGGCACCUGAAAGGCAUCCUGAGGCGGCGGCAGCUCUACUGCAGGACCGGCUUCCAGCUGGAGAUAUUCCCCAACGGCACCGUGCACGGGACAAGGCAGGACCACAGCAGAUUUGGUAUCCUGGAGUUCAUCAGCCUGGCAGUGGGUCUGGUCAGCAUCAGAGGGGUGGAUGCUGGACUCUACCUCGGCAUGAAUGAGAAAGGAGAGCUCUAUGGGUCGAGGAAGCUGACAGCAGAAUGUGUGUUCAGGGAGCAGUUUGAGGAGAACUGGUACAACACCUACGCUUCAACUCUGUACAAGCACACGGACACGGGACGCUUCUACUACGUGGCCCUGAACAAGGACGGCUCGCCCAGGGAGGGCAGCAGGACUAAAAAGCACCAGAAACUCACCCACUUCUUACCCAGGCCGGUGGAGAUCGAAAAGAUCCCUCAAGCAUACAGAGACUUAUUCCAGUACAGGUGACCAGCGCUUACGUGUGGAGAGAGGGUUCCACCGGGAGGAAGAGAAAUAAAAGAAGAGGAGAGAGGGGGUGUUGUGGAUAUUUUGGACCUGGUACAUAACUGUUUACCCUCAACUCCCGCUGAGGUCACUGUGUUUACGCCUCAGCCUACGACCAAGCACGUAUGGCACUGACAUAAACAUUGUGCAUUUCCCCGGAUGUUGCUUCUUUGCUUCUGUAGUGGACUUGUGACGUCGGAGAGGAGGGGAAAAAAAAAACGGCCAUGGACGAAGGAGGCCCACAUGACUGCCCAGCUGUGGGGCCAUCGGGUGCCACGUUUUCUCAUAACCACUUAUAUAAAAUAGGUCAAUGCAUAGAUACUGAAGAGACGAAUGGAGCCGAGGCUCUUGGCAGAUUGGAGCGGCCCCAAGCUGGCGGGGAGGAAAAAAAGGAAUGGUUUACAAAGAGAAGACAAGAGAGAUACUUUCAGAAGGGAAAAAAAAAAUGAACAGAAAGCACUGCAGAUGUUAAAUGGUGCAUUUGUGGAUAGAUCGAUAGAUAGAUCGAGGGAAAGGGUCAGAAACACCCACGCAGGUGAAGGGGCAGGAAUCUUUAAGAAGAGAGAGCUAACUGCUUCAACUUAUAUUAACUUGUCCUCAAAAUCAAAGAGGAACGUGGGGGAUUUAGAAUCGCUGAUGAAUGUGUGACAGAGGAAAGAGCACUUACUGCACAUCCCCCGUCCCAGCUGGAGGCUCACCCCCGGCCUCCCUCGCUACCAACAGUCUGAUGAUCAUUCAUCACAUUUAGAUCAAAAUAUCGAGCAGUGUCUUGUAGGAGUUGUGUGCAGAACAAGUGAUUGAGCUCGGGACAAAAAGCACUUCUCUGACUGUGGUUUGUAAAGACUGAGAGAUGUUUGUUUUUUUAAUUUGUUUUUUUUAAAGAUGGUGACUUGUAAUGUUCGGAGUGUCAGGAACAUUAUUAAAAAGGCAAGCAGCUGAGGUGUACAUAUGGGUGAUCCUAUUUAUGAGAUGUACAAUAUAUUUAUUUUCUACUUAUAAAGUAUAAAUAUAAAUCUAUAUUUAUUUAUUGCAAAGACUUUAUUUUGUAAUGAACUUGAAGUUAUCUGGACUGUACAUUCUACUGAAAUUACACCCCCCCCCCCCAAAAAAAGCAAACCAACAAAAAAUAA